UCAGGUCAAAGGCCGCGGUGCCUGGUACAUGUUACGCGCAUGCUCCAUUCAAAUAAGGAUAAAGAUGGCGACGACGAUUUCCGAAGCUGACAGUUUCUUCCUGGUUUGACAAAUUUGGCGACAAAAACAAGAAAUCGGAUUGCAGUCUUCAGCCAAGUGAGUGCAAGAGGAGCCCUGGAAAAUGGAACAGUCAUUCUUUGCUGCAGCUAAUGAUUUGGACAAUGUCCUUGAUGAGUUUGAAAGAAAUGAAGUUCUGCCGUCAGAUAUCGGCUGGGAGGCCCCCGUGUGGGUCCCCGACGAGGACGCCCCAAACUGCAUGAAGUGCGAGUCCAAGUUCACGUUCACCAAGCGGCGACACCACUGCAGGGCGUGCGGGAAGGUGCUGUGUUCGGCCUGCUGUAGUCAGAAGGCACGGCUGGCGUACAUGGACAACAAGUCAGCCCGUGUCUGCUCAACUUGCUACAACAUUCUACAGAGAGCCCAGGCCAGAGGUCAGAUUGCAGGCAUCAGCCAGGUCACCCCAUCUUCAGGUCAGGCUUCCCCCAACCCUAACAACCCCAUGGAGUACUGCUCCACUCUGCCACCUAUGCAGCAGGCACAGGAAGCACUGCAGAGGCCACCCCCUAGUGUGCUGGUCCCUGUAGGUGGAAGGCCCCAAGGUGCUUUGGGUGUUGCCCAGAGAGAGGGACGGCACGUGAGAUUUUCUGACGGAAGCAUCCCCGGUGGGGAUGGGACCUCCGACUCCUCUACCCCCUCCACCCCCUCCCACCCUAUCACCACCCCCCAGGGGGCUGCAGCAGUGAGACCCAGGGCUGCACCAAACACAUCUCCUCAACAUAAGGGGUCCCCCAGUAAAACAUCUGAGACCAGGGGUAGACUCAGUCCAUCCAAGAACAGGGGGCAACACUCAGAGAGGCAAUCGGGAAGUCCCCGCCAAGGAGGAAGUCCAAGGAAAACAGGGAGUCAAAGGUCACCGCCAAGGUCACGUCAGUCGUCAAGGACAAAGAGUCUGAUUCCUGAGGAGGAAGACAGGCUGCCUCCAGUCAUUUUGUCCAUAGGAGACAAAGGAGACUACGAGGUUGACUCGGAGCCAGACCCAGACAGAACCCUGUCAGAGAUAAAGAGGGAGGAGACGGACCCUGUCAUGUUCCUGGCAAACCCCAACCUGGUGGUGCUGGUCAAGGUCAUCAACUUGUCAUGCUGUGUGAACAGGCUGUGCUGGUGUUUCUCCACACGAGGGAUGCACACGGUCAGCCAGGAUGAGGUGGUCAUCCUGCUGGAGGCCAUGCCUGACGAUGAUGUCAUCCCCAGGGACAUCUUUGCCCACCUGCAAAUGGUGUAUGAGGAGGCAGGCAAAGGUAACACAGUGGGAGACCUUGGUCAUACCAUCUUCAACCAGCCGUUCUUGGGCAGCCGUGAGCAUGGAGGUUUCCUGUACAUCCAGCCCACCUUCCAGUGCACCCAGCGCCUCAUCCUGCCCGACCCCCCCUACGUGGUGGGGGUACUGCUGCAGAAGUGGGAGACACCCUGGGCAAAGGUCUUCCCCAUACGCCUCAUGCUUAGGCUGGGGGCUGAGUUCAGAUACUACCCCUGUCCACUGUUCAGCGUGCGGUUUCGCAAGCCGGUGUACUGUGAGAUAGGACACACCAUCAUGAACCUACUGGCUGAUUUCCGUAACUACCAGUACAUGUUGGGGCAGGUGAGAGGAGUGGUCAUACUGCUGGAAGACAAGAGAACUCUGGUCAGGAUACCCAGCAACAGAUAUGAUGAUAUGAUGAAAGUGCUGAACAACUGUAAUGAGCACGUACUCUCCUGGGGCUCUAACUUCAGCGAGGAGGCGGACUCCCAUCUAGUGUGUAUACAGAAUGACGAGGGAGCGUACCAGACCCAGGCUAUCAGUAUCCAGAACCGCCAACGGAAGGUCACCGGAGCCAGCUUUAUCGUGUUUAAUGGGUCGCUGAAGACAACGGCUGGGCUCAGGGGAAAGUCUAGCAUUGUGGAGGAUGGAGUGAUGGUACAGAUCCUGCCUGAGACGAUGUCGGAGCUUCGCCAGGCGCUGCGGAACAUGAAGGACUACACCAUUGGCUGUGGGAGCACGGCCUCCGAGGAACCCGACGAGACGGUGGAGGUCCGCUGGGUAGAGGACGACCGCAAAAUGAACAUUGGUGUCACUAGUCCAAUUGAUGGCCAGUCCAUGGAGGGCUUGACCAAUAUCCAUGUGCACAGUGGCAUGGACUUUGCUGGGGAACAGAGGACCAUUCGCUGGACCGAAGUCUUCUUCCUGCAAACUGAGGACUCUAUGCCCCAGUGUGAGCCCAUGGAACUCAGCAGGCUGGCGGAGUCCAUCGCCACGGCAACCUGCGUGGCGCUGGUGCAGCACCUGGACUCUUUGAGGGAGGCUGGGAUGAACAAGCUGGGACUGAGGGUCAACAUAGACAGGGACGAGGUUGGGUACGUAGCAGGUUCCAAGUGUCAGUUUCUGCCACCCCUGUACAUGACCGACCUUGACAAUGAACUCAUCCCCGUCAUCCACAACGCAGCAGCGUCCAAUCAGGACACACCCAUCAGACUGGAGCUCAUCUUCCAUAUCCUCCACAAUGUGGACUGAUCUUGUAUAUACUUAAACUUACAAGGAAUCUCCAAAUAUAGCAUCAGUGUUAUAAAUACAUUAUCCCACCAUCUUUAUCUACAUAAAGUCAGAAUGAAGUUGAGGUAAGAUGUAAAUUAUGUUAUAUAAUAUAUAUAUAAACAUGUCAAUAACAAAUUUGUGGUGAUGAGAAGGAUGUACUCUGAAUAAUGUAAAACUUGAUGUUCUUGAAUUUCCUAUCAUUGUAACUUGUCAAAUAUAAGAUUUCUAGUAGUUGAAUGUAAAGUAGGAAAGAGGUAUUGCUGAAUAUCGUCCAAACUUUGACAAAAGGAGUGUUGACUUCGCAAAAGAUAUAGGGAAUGGUGACAGUACUUUCCCCUCAGUAGUCUGAGUAAAUUUUAUUUCUCCCCUAAAAUGACAGAUGUACAUAGCAUUAGACCUUAGAGUCUUGUACCAUGUACAAACUAUUACUUGGUUUGAUUCUUACUUCAACGAAAGUAAAUGUUAGUAUGUUGUGUAAUAUGAACAGUAUAUAUAUAAGGUCUUUCAGCGCAUGAUGGGCAAUAUAGUGGGGGCUAUUUGUGAUUUAGUUGUUAAUUUUGCUGUUGACGGAUACUUCAACGUACAUGUAUUUGAGGUAUAAAAUGAUGAAAGAAAGUUUUUCCAUCGAUCAGGCAGGACUUGCUAGUGAAAGGGCCAUUUGACUGUCUUUGUCAGUGAAAACUACAGCAAAGCUAGAAAACAACUUGCGCAUGUGUGCAUGCAUUGUAAGCUAUUUGUAUAAUAUACUAGAUGACAUGGUGAUAGUAGUCAUAGCAAGCCAACAUUAAAGAGCAAAUUAUGGUAUCAUACUUAUGUUGAGUGCUAAGAUUAAAGAUGUGAUGCUACCAUAUGUGAUGUUGAUACAGAAAAUGUAAUUAUGAGUAGAAAGUAGUAGACAUGCAGAUUGAAUUGAAGCACAUUUGUUCUGCACUGUCCAACACGCCAAUGAUGUCUUCUAAUUUAGUUGUUUUCUGUUUUUCGAUCACCCAUUUAAGAUGGUGUUUGAGAAGAUCAUUUCUACCUUUUGAAAUAAAAGAAAUGAAAGUUGUUGGUACCAAUGAAUAGUGAAGGAUUAAUGACCCGCCCUGAGGUGUAUACGGUGCCAUAAUUCAUGGUCAGUUCAUUUAACACCGAAUGAACGACCGAACGUAUAUUUUGUCCUCCCCCCUGCAAAGUUUCCAGUGCUACACAUUCCUUGUCUAUGCAACAUAAAUGUACAAUGAAUACCACCGAUGUUAACCAUUACCAGUAAUAGCACAACUCUCUAUUAUGUAAGCUUGGAUUUUGUAGAAUGAUUAUCAAAUAUAUUAAUUUUGGAAAUUUUCCACUCUGUUUUGCUCCAAAAGAUAUCCUUCCAUCCCUUCACCUGUAAUUGAGUUCCAAUACAUAAACGGUUGUAUUUUUUUUUUACUAAAUGGCUCUAUAUUUCUAUGCACACAGCUGUACCUGGUCUUUGAAUACUUUUAUUGUAAAAAGAACUACUGAAAUCUAUAGUGCUAUUCCCUCUUCAAGGGCUUCUUGUGUAUUUUCUUACAUUAACCAUGUGUAUCUGCAUCUCUCAAAAAGGUAUUGAGCAUUUGCAUGUACACAUGUAUCAGUAUAACAGUAUUAUGUUCCCACCUUGCCUCAGACUGGCAAUAUUCGCUGCAUUAGUUUGUCAUUAUGUGUACUUGUAAGUAAACAUGUUUUAAUAAUAUUGAUUGAGUCAGAGUGGAAUGUCUGUAAAUUGAUCAAUGUCAUGCAUUUAACAACUGGAUGCUGAUGUAUAUUGGUCAUAGUAUAGUCUUUCCAUAAUUUCUGUUGAUUGAAGGAGAUUUAGCAUGUUUCAGAGUUUGAGUUAUCAUGUUUGCAAUAUAGAAGAAGUAUUGUGCUUUAUUACAUUGUUUGGUACAAAACAUAAUUGUAAUAUGUCUAAAUUUUCAGUAUAGACUUACACACAUAGAUUUAUGCCUACCAACAUUUUACACCUAGCAACAAGCACAUGUUAUCAUCACUAGUGCUGUCACAUUAUGUUUUUUUCUUAUCUUUGUUAUAGUGAAAAGGAUGCUAUAUUUUGUCAUCUCUUGCAUACAUAUAUCUUAAGACAUUUGCUCUUGCUGGUAAAAUAAGGCAGUUAUUUUUUCUAUUCUUUCUUGUAAAGUAGGAAAAAUGCCAGCAAAAAGUUAUUACCAGCUUUAUUCCAAACUUGUAAUUUACAUUUUUUGGAAGGAGGAGGCUGUUAUCACAAGACUAAAGAUUUUGAAAUUGUGAUGAUCGGUUGAUAUAAUUUCUACAUUGUUUCUUGUUGAUUCAUAUUUGUUUAGGGAAAAAGAUCAUGGUGAUGUGAUGGAAUGUAGAAAGUGUGGGACGUAAGAAAAGUAAGAUUAAUGCAGUACAUGAUCAUAUAUACAUAGUGAUGUAAAAUUUACCAAAGUAUCAUUGAACUAGCAACAUCGCUUGGACCUUAUUAGCUCUGUGAUUUGUCAUUUUCUUUGGAGUAUUUUAAUGUAGUUUCUUUCUUCACAAAUAAUGUCAAAGUUUUAACAGGAUUUUGUCAUGUUUAAUUUAUGUUUGUGUGAUUUUCUCAGCUGGGAGUAUGCUUGCUAAAGGAAAAAACAACCUUAAUGUUUCAGAAGCUGCAAUGCAUUGGAUAUCCAUGUACCAGUAUUGUAACUACAGUUGGAUGUAUGAUUUGAAUAUGCUUCAAAGAUGUCAUCUUUAGACAUAUCGAAAUUAUUACAAGAGUGGCAUCGUUACUGAAAAUGUACAGACAAUAAAUAAAAUUUUUACUCCAAUAAUGUCAAAAA